CAACAAUGCAGAUUUAUAUACUUAGAAUAGACGGGCGAUAGGAAUAGUUCACCUGUUUUCAAUCAAGUAGCAUCAUACAAAUUUAAGAUGGCGGACUUGGAAGAUUCGUUUCUUGACGACCAAGCAGAAGAUGCUCUGCUUGCAGGCGGUGAUGAUGAUCACGAUACUUCUACAGGACUCGUUCUGCAAUCCCCAGGUGCAGAUGAUACUGGAGUAGAAGAUGCGGAACUUGAAGAAAUCAAAGCUAGGGUGCGUGAGAUGGAGGAGGAGGCAGAGAAACUGAAGGAGAUGCAGAAUGAAGUUGAGAAGCAGAUGAACAUGAGCUCACCACCACCCCCAGGGUCCGUCGUACCGCUGUCUCUGGAAGACAAACAAGAAGUUGAUAAUCGCUCCGUCUACGUUGGAAAUGUUGAUUAUUCAACAACGGCUGAAGAACUAGAAGCGCACUUCCACGGUUGCGGCCUCAUCAACCGAGUUACUAUCCUUUGCGAUAAAUUCACGGGUCACCCUAAGGGGUUUGCUUAUGUGGAGUUCUCUGAUAAGGAUAUGUUACAGCCUGCUUUAGCUCUGGACGACUCACUUUUUAAAGGAAGACAGAUUAAGGUGUCUUUAAAACGAACCAACCGGCCAGGCAUCUCAACCACAGACAGACCUGGACGUGGAGGGCGAUUCCGAGGUGGCACUAGAUCCUACCGUGGUGCAUACAGUCCCUAUGCAAAUGCCUACUCUGGCUACAGGCCAAGAAGAUAUAGACCGAGACGCUACACCACCAGGUAUUCCCCUUACUGAGAAAAAAAAAUAUAUUGUACGUAUGUUUGUGGCUUUUAUCAAAGUCUUCAAUAGUGAAUGAAAUGUUGUGAGCAUGCCAUUAACUUCUUUGUCAACGGAACCGUUUCUAAAAAAACAUAAAAAUAUUCACACAAAAAUGCUGCGGAAAAUUGCUUCUUGUGGUCUAAGCCAGCUUGUUAGACAACAGAAUGUUAAGGUAUGUGACCAGCAUAUUCUCAGAAUGUGCAACCUCUGUUCCGGGAAAUCUGUUAUUUCUUUAAAUAAUUUACUGUUGAGACGUUGUACAGGUGUUCAAAAAACUUCAAGACCACACCUUGCUUUUUUUUGGUGGGUGAAUUAAUUUGGGUUUUUACCCAUACACCGAUGUGUUUAAGCACUGUAUACUCGGUACUUU